AUGGUGGGAAUAAUGGCAAUGAGGACGUGGAUUGAGCCAGUGGUUGCGGGUUCCCAAGUGGCCAGUGCCUUCUACGACACAGCAUUGCUGCUGGUAGUGAAGAACUACUACAACCAGACCAACAGCACUGCUCCCUCCCAAGUCCUGGAAGAUGCUCAGCAGAAGGCUGUAUCUAAUUUUUAUAUCAUCUACAACCUAGUUCUGGGCCUGAGCCCGCUGGUGUCAGCCUAUGGCUUGUCCAAGUUGGGGGACAAGAUACAUCGCAAGAUCCCCAUUUGCUUCCCUCUUCUUGGUUAUUUGGGCUCCAAAACUCUCCUGCUCCUCCUGAUUCUGCUGGGCUGGCCAGUGGAGGUGAUGUAUGGGGCUGCUGCCUUCAAUGGGCUGACAGGAGGCUUCACCACACUUUGGGCAGGCAUCAUGGCUCUGGGAUCCCUGGGGUCCUCUGAAAGCAAGAGGUCUCUGCGGCUCAUCAUUAUUGAACUGGUGUAUGGCCUGGCUGGCUUUCUGGGAAGCAUGGCAUCUGGCUACCUCUUCGUUGGCUUCAGUGACCACUACCGAGAAGGCACUGUGCUGGUGUGCUGCAGCAUUGCUUGCUAUGCCUUUUGUCUCCUCUACAGCAUUUUUGUCCUCACAGUCCCCAAGCCAGCAGCUUCCUGCCCAGCCAAAGCCAAGAAUGCAGAGGAGGUGGGUGGUCAGCUACCAGAAGCAGCAGUAGCAGGGAGCUCCCAACCUUCGGAGAGCAGCAUCUUUACUCCAGUGUCACCCUCGAAGCUCAUCAUCAUCCUGCUGUUUGUGGCAGCAAUCUUCUAUGACCUGGCUGUGGCUGGUGCAAUGAAUGUACUCCCACUGUUCUUGCUCAGGGAACCUUUAAGUUGGAAUGCUGUGGAGAUUGGCCAUGGCAGUGCUGCUGGGUACGUGAUCUUCAUUACCAGUUUCCUAGGGGUAGUUGUGUUCUCCAGAUACAUGAGGGAUAUUACCAUGAUCAUGAUCGGAGUAGCUUCGUUCAGCGCUGGCAUCCUCAUCAUGGCCUUUGUGCAGUGGACGUUCCUGUUCUACAUUGCACGGGCAGUGAUGCUCUUUGCCCUCAUCCCCUUACCAACCAUCAGGUCCAUGUUGUCUAAGCAUGUUGAAGGAUCAUCCUAUGGUAAGGUGUUUGUCCUGCUGCAACUGUCUUUAGUCAUCACGGGAGUAGUGACAUCUACAGUCUACAACAAGAUCUAUCAAAACACACUGGACUGGUACAGCGGCUUCUGCUUCAUUUUGUCUUUUCUAGUUGGCUGCCUGAGUCUCCUCCCUUUAAGCUUUGUGGCCAUCAAACAACGGUCAAUCACUGGCUCCCUUGAGAUUCUGACUGAGUAACAGAAGCAUCUUCUGGUUGUUAUCAUUAGUCCCUACCAACACAACAGGAUACAUAGCAUUUGUAUUUCCACUUUACAGCAUGCCACAACCUCUCAGCCACUAAGCCUCUUGCCCAGGAGGAGAUGUUUGCCUUGUUAUUUCUGCAGCA